AUGGGUCUCAAGUCUAUCCUCGUUGCAGCCCUGGCUGCUGUUGCCAUCGCCAAGCCAGUUCCUGAUCCGCUCAGCAUGAUGAAGCGGGCUGGCCCUGCCGCCGGACAGAUCGCUCUUGCAUACGACGAUGGCCCAUCGGGCAACACGCAAAAGCUCGUUGAUACGCUCAAUGCUGGCGGCGCAAAAGGCACCUUUUUCGUAACCGGCACCCUAUACGGCUGCAUCUACAACCAAAAGACGGCGCUGCAGAACGCAUACAAAUCGGGCCACCAAAUCGCCUCGCACUCGUGGUCGCACCCGCCAAACUUUGGCUCCCUGUCUACAAACGACCUCACGACGCAAAUGACGCGUCUCGACCAGGCCCUCGUCAACAUCAUCGGCAAGAAACCGACGUACAUGCGUCCCCCGUACCUUGCUACCGGUGGAAACGUGCUCCCCACUAUGCGCACUCUGGGGUACCGUGUCAUCACUAAUGAUGUGGAUAGCGGGGAUUGGUCUGGCAACACGCCGCAGCAGAGUCAGCAGAAGUUUCAGCAGGCGGGCACGAGCGGUAAUGGGCAUAUUCCGCUUAUGCACGAGACGUAUGCUUCGACUGUUAACACGCUUACCCCGUGGUUGAUUACCUGGGCUAAGAACAACAACUUGAAGCUUGUUACUGUUGCUGAGUGCUUGGGCGAUAGUGCCGGUGCGUAUACGAGUGGUACUCCCAACGGUGCUUCAUCUUGCUAG